AUGUUUAUCAAAUGCGGCAAUGUUUGUCCUUUUGAGGAGAGUACAACAAUAGCAUCGGCUUGUUCUCGCGUUUAUCGUAAAAAUUUUCUUCAAAAAAAUAUGAUAGGUAUUAUACUUACGGGAGGCUACCGCUGGGGUCAGAAUCAAUCGCGUAAAGCUAUUUCGUGGUUAACUUGGAUGAAACAUGAGUUGGGUCAUAUCAUAGCACAUGCGGGAAACGGACGCGAAACACGAUUACCCGAAGGUGUUCUUGUUGAUGGGUAUUACGAAGAAAUUAUUGACGGUGCGGUGAUCAAACAUGUUUUGCAAUUUCAUGGAUGCUAUUGGCAUGGAUGCCCCCGUUGUUAUACUGUAAAUAGAACCCAUGGUAUUAGUACUGAUACGAUGGAUGCUCGUUUGGAACGUACACAGUUUAUUACAGCAAAGAUUGAAUCUGCUGGAUAUAUUUUAACGGAGAUGUGGGAAUGUGAUUUUGAUCGUAUUUUAAUAUCUAGAGAGGAUAUGCGAAUAUUUUUAGAAAAUCGGCCUGAGGUUUCGCGAAAGCCGUUAAACCCUCGCGACGCCUUUUAUGGUGGUCGUACAGAGAACAUGGAGUCUCUUUAUGAUGUAAAGGCUAAUGAGAAAAUACAUUAUGUCGAUGUGUGUUCUCUUUACCCUUAUAUCUGUAAAACAGGAAAAUUCCCCGUAAAACAUCCGACAAUAUAUGUUGGUGAAGAAUGUCGCAAAUUAACGGGAUCUUCAGGCGUCGAGAUUGAUAAAGUGGAGGGUCUCGUUUAUUGUACGAUAUUACCACCACGUAUGCUUUAUCAUCCUGUAUUACCUGUACGAAUGCAUGGUAAAUUAAUGUUUGCUUUAUGUCGUUCGUGUUAUGAAAAUAUGUAUCAAGAGGAUUGUAUACACGAAGAUACUGUGGAUCGUGAAUUUACGGGUACAUGA